UAUCAGUAACUUCUGCCAUUUUUUUGACAGAUUUUGUCAAUUUUCACGUAUAAUUCUUGACUGAAUAUUGAUUCUGUUCGUACUAUUCCAAUUGAGACAAAUUAGUACACUCAAAAUGUCAAGACAUAGGGACAUUAGAAACAUGGAUUAUUCCGAUGAAUAUGAAGGAUACGAUGAUGUGUAUGGACAUUCUAUAGAUGACGAUUACUAUAUAUCGCCCAGCAAUAGACAAUUCUUAUAUAAUAGAGAAAACUCUGCAAAAAAUACGGAAGGCGGUAUUAAAGAAGAAGAUGAAAUUGAGGCAGAAUCGACAGAUUCUGAAAAAUCGAGACUUGAAUCUUGUAUCGAGGAAAUACAAAGCAUACUGGGACUUAUAAAUAUACCAAGAAAUAACUUGGUAGAUUUUAUACUUGCUCAUAAAUUUGAUAUUGAAAAAGUUGUGAAUGCUAUUUUAGAAGAUCCAAGGUAUAAGCCAUCCGAAGCAGAAAGAAAGGAAAAAGAAAGUGUAAAAGUGGUUGCAUCAACUCCAAAGACUGCAACCAACGUCACAAAGGGUUUCGACUUGCCUCACAAGGAUCUCAAGUUAAGCGUAACGCCUAGAUCUCAGUCUCCUUCUUCUGGAAGGGCUACGCCAGUGACUGCGUCUGCUGCCGAUGGAUUUGAUGAAUCGCGGACCGGAAAGGUGAGAGACAACAAAUUCGACCCUCAGCAGUUGUACAGAAAGGAGAGGGGUGAGGAGAAGGACCACCUUUAUAUGGUUGUUAUCGGUCACGUUGACGCCGGUAAAAGUACACUUAUGGGACGCCUUUUGUGUGACUUGGGACAGGUGAAUCAGAGAAUAAUGCAUAAGUAUGAACAAGAAAGUCGUAAGUUGGGCAAACAGAGCUUUAUGUAUGCCUGGGUUCUCGAUGAGACUGGCGAAGAACGAAAUAGGGGUAUCACCAUGGAUGUGGGUAGAUUUCAAUUUGAUACAAAAACUAAACGUGUAACAUUACUUGAUGCGCCUGGCCACAAAGACUUCAUCCCGAAUAUGAUAUCGGGAACGGGACAGGCGGAUGUCGCCUUAAUGGUAGUUGACGCGACGAGAGGAGAAUUCGAGACGGGCUUCGAUUACGGAGGACAAACCAGAGAACACGCUCUCUUGGCGAGAUCCCUUGGGGUUACGCAGCUCGCAGUCUCAAUAAACAAGCUAGAUACCGUGGCCUGGUCCCGGGAGAGAUUUAACGAGAUUGUUGCCAAGUUGAAAGGGUUCCUUAAAUUGGCCGGAUUCAAGGAAUCCGAUGUGACGUUCGUCCCCUGUAGUGGGCUCACGGGACAAAACUUGGUCAGUAAACCCACAGAAAAUAGCUUAUUGUCUUGGUACAACGGGCCCUGUUUACUGGAUGUUAUCGAUAACUUCAGGUCUCCUGAGCGACCCAUUUCAAAACCUUUCAGGCUCUCCGUUAAUGAUAUAUUUAAGGGCACGGGGUCGGCUUUCUGCGUUUCUGGUCGCGUGGAGACCGGAACUUUAAGCGUAGGCGAUAAAGUCUUGGUGUGUCCUAAUAGAGAAAAUGCCACGGUAAAAUCUCUUAGUAUCGACGAGAUAUCUAAGACGGUGGUAUUUGCUGGCGAUCAGCCCACCGUCACAUUGUCCGGAAUCGAAAUGCAAAACGUGUCCGUGGGGAAUAUUUUAUGCGAUCCGCAACAUCCCGUGCAGGUCGCCUCGAAGUUUCAAGCAAGGAUCGUGGUUUUCAACGUAACCGUGCCCAUUACGAAAGGAUUCUCUGUCGUUUUACACCACCAGUCUUUGGUGGAACCGGCCGUGGUGAGCAAGUUGAUAUCUCAGCUGAAUAAGAGCACCGGCGAAAUUCUAAAGAAACAUCCCAGGUUCCUGGGUAACAAUACAAGCGCCAUAGUGGAGGUUCAAGUGUCGAAGCCCAUUGCCCUCGAAUUGUAUUGCGACUGCAAGGAACUGGGCCGGGUAAUGCUGAGGGUAGGGGGAGUAACGAUCGCAGCGGGACUCAUUACUAACAUUUUAUUGUAAGGUAACUUUAAAGGGAUCAAUAAAAUUUAAUAAUUAAAGUGCCACGUUA